AUGUUUGCUAAGGAAAGCUUCAUUCCAUUUACACAGGCUUUAUACAGUCAAUUCAGUUCAUCGAAAGCCAAAUCUAACUUUGUCAUUUCUCCUCUGAGCAUCUAUUCGGCUGUGUCCUUGGUACUUGCUGGAGCUGAAUCCGAAUCUAAAAAGGAACUUAUUGCUGCACUUCGUGUCAAAGGAAACUCGGAUCACAAUACCUUGUGCAAAUCGAUUGGUGACAAUCUAAAAGCUCUUAAUGAUGGUGAUGAGAAAAAAACACUGGUUCAGGCAAACGCUGCCUUCAUGCAUAAUAGUUGCAAAUUACUCGACACCUACUUACAAAUAGUGAAAAAACAUUUCGACGCAAUGACAAAAGAAGUUAGUAGUGUUACUUUACUUUUACUUAAAAAAUAG